AUUUCUCCCAUUUUAUAUUAAAAAAAAAAAAAAAAAAAAAAAAAAAAACUUUUUUCAUUACAUAUAGCGUUGGUUAUAACCAAACUCACCCUUAUACCCUACUUGCCUCAAAAUUGGUAUGAUUUCUUUGCGACUCCAAAAGUGUAAUUAUAAUUAUCGGAGUAGUUCUUGAUACUUUGUUUGUAUCCUUAUUUUUCAGAGAUUUUCUUCUCUCUACUAUUAUCAAUUCAUUUGUACCCUUUUAAAAAAACCUUUCCCCCAAACCCAUUAUUAUUAUUAUUAUUAUUAUUAUUACUAUUCACACCAGCCCACCAACACACACAACAACACACAAAAAGCACACACAAAUGUAUAUCAACGGUCUAAAAUAUGCCUGUUCUACUUGCAUCAAGGGUCAUCGCUCUUCUCAUUGUAGCCACGUUGAUCGUCCAUUAUUUGAAAUUCGUAAGAAAGGUCGUCCUGUCACUCAAUGUACGUUUUGUAGAGAUCUUCGAAAAACAAAACAAGUGCAUAUCAAAUGUGCAUGUAGUAGUGAUAAAAAAGCCAAUGCAUCCAGCACUUCUGAAAAACCAAUUUUAAUUUAUCGCAAUAGUGAAGAAAACUGCCAAGAUGCCAAGAAACACGGUCAGCAUUGUACAUGUCCCAGUCCUACCACCACCACCACCACCACCGCCGCCGCCGCCGCCGCUAGUACCGUCACCAGCAGCAGCACCACCAGUGCCACUGCCACCAGCGCCAGCUAUCUCCCCAAUGUUACUCAAGACUCUCCUACUCAGAUGAAGGUGACACAAGAAUCAAAGUCGGGCUUAUUAGCGCCACUUUGUCCCACCCCACCUUUGCCUGUGAAAGAAGAAAACCUGUCCUACUCAUGGGCGUUGAUCACUUCCCCUUCCUCCAAUCAGGGUGAUUUACCUGUCGAUUCUGUACCCAGUUCGAAUUCGUAUACAGACAUGAUGAUGGAUGAUGAUAAUAGCAAUCUUCAACAUCUUGGCUUUAUAUUUCAUAAACCAACCACCUCCACCAGUCAAAGAUUUCUCGAUGGCCAACCGCGUACAAGAAGACGUCGCUCCACUACUCAAAAACGUACUGCUGCAGCCAAUUCAACCACGGUCACUCCCACCAACUACAAUCGAUUGCCUGUGAAUGCCCUGGUUGACUCUGUCCUGACCAUCGAUACCAUCCACGACUACAGUCUGUCCACUCCACCUUCUUCCGCCGUCUCCCCUCAUCAUCUGUCUUCUCUCUCAACCCAUGAACCCAUGGAUGUGCAAUUUGAUUAUCUUACUGAACAACUCGAAAUCUUAUCGAAUAGUAGUCAUCAUAGUUAUAUUGGUGAUUUAUCUAAUGCAGAUGAAUUAACUGCUAUUUUAAAUAACGUUCUUCAAAAAGAUGAUGAUGAUGAUGAUGGUGUCUCGUUACCUUCAGUAUCUUCUUAUUCGAGCAAUAAUACCACAUUGAAAUCCACUAGUACAAAUAGAAAAAGCACUCCUAUUCUACCUGCUACGAGUCAUCCACCCGCCGCCGCGGCUAGCAUGCCACCUUCUCAUUGUGGUAGUUUUGUGCCUCUUUCGAAAUGCUGUAAACCUGUGGGAGCAGCCGGUGGAGAAUCAGUGGUGAUAACGAUUACGCCGUUGACGAACACGACGGCGCCGAGCAAUGAUUCGAUGAUGAUGAUGUUGGAAGAUGACCAUCAAACGCAGCAAAAGACCACAACACGCAUUGUUACUUGUUAUUGUGGAAACCAAUGUACAUGCCCUGGCUGCCUGGUGCAUCCAAGCAAUUUCUUUUUAGGCACGGAUCCGUAUUCUGGUCUGAUGAUGAAUAAUCCGUCCUCUUCUGCUUCUUCGUCGUGUUAUGGGUCCGAUGAAGAAGAACUCUCGUCUCUUUACGGCAAAAGUAAUAAUAAUUUUAUGUCCUUCUAAUAUGCUCCUCAUUCUUCUUUUCCCCUCUUUGAAAAGAACACACUGUAAAUAUAUGCUUUCUAUUCUUUUUUUUUUCUUUCUUUUUUUUACUUUUUUU